AUGACGGCACAUGCUAAACCAGACAAAAUAGGUUGGAAUGGAUUAAUAUCUGCCAAGACAUAUCUAGACUUCAGGCCGUCUGCCAGCCUGGUCAUCAUCGAUGAGAACGUCACCGUCGGGGGAGUCUGGAGCGCCGAGAAGAUAUACCCAUCACUAUAUGCGCAGAUUAAAUACGGCCUAUUCGAAUACUCUUUCUAUCCCAUGCGGAAUGAGGGUAUCACCGAGGAUGGCUACAUCUCGGGAGACACCAUCCAUCGAUACCUAAACGACUUUGCUUUGGACUUUGAUCUCAUGCGAAGAAUCCGUCUGAAGACUACCGUCACCAACGUCUCUCGAACCACAUGGGGUGGAUGGCGCCUUGAACUUGCAGGAAAGGCCCCGGUCGAAUGUACCAAGCUCAUUUACGCUUCGGGAGCCACGUCGCACCCUGUCGUUCCCACUUGGCCAAAGGUGAAUUUCAACUCGCCUAUUAUCCACUCCGCAGAGACAGGAAAACAUCUCAAGGCGCUUGAAAAUAUCAAGUCGGCUACUGUCGUGGGAGGAGCAAAAUCUUCCUACGACACAGUAUUUCUCCUGUUAAAAGCAGGCAAGAAAGUCGACUGGAUCAUCCGGGAAGAUGGGUCUGGUCCGCUGGCUAUAAUGCCACCCACGCUGCUCGGGAUAGCUAACACGAUGGAUGUUGUGACGACCCGAUUUGUCGCCCUAAUGGGAUCUAGCAUUAUGAGCACCGAUGGUGCCGGCCACCAAUUCAUACAGAGAACAUACCUAGGACAGUUCAUUGCUUGGCUGUUCUGGAUUAUCGUGAACUGGAUCGCUGACAGGCAUGCCGGAUACUCCAAGUCGGAAAAUGCCAAGAAGCUAAGACCAGGGCCGGAAGGCAAUGGGAUCUACUGGGCCAAUGCUGGGCUAGGCGCUGCUAGUGUUCCCCUCUUCUGGAAGACUUUCCACGCUGGCAAUUGCACAGUUCAUAGAACGGAUAUCGACUCGCUUGGCGAUAACAACACUGUUACUCUCAAGGACAAGACACGGUACCAGACUGAUUUCAUGAUUCUCUGUACAGGAUUCGACAAGUCAUUCCAGGUCUUCAGCGAGCAGCUGCAGCAAGAAUGUGGAUUUCUACCCAACCCAGCGGAGCAGGGCAAAUGGGCAGAACUCGAUGCCAGGGCCGAGGAGACGGUGGAUGAAUUAUUGCCAGCCCUCAGAGUUUCUCCGUUCGGUCGAUCCAAAAGAUUCGAGAGAGAAGAGACGGCUGGAGGCCGCAAGCUACUGCAUGGGCCCAGUCGUCAUUAUCGGAGGCUGAUCGUCCCCUCGUUAGCUGCGAAGGGCGACAGGUCUGUGUUCUUCCCAGGAUUCAUCCACACAAUCUAUACGCCCAUGGUAUCCGAGGUCCAGGCCUUAUGGGGCGUUGCGUUCUUGAUGGGCUUGCAUGACCUGCCCUCACAGCAGAAGAUGGAACAGGAAGUGGCGGAAUGGAAUGCCUGGUCUCGUAAACGUUACGUGGCACAGGGUAAGAAACAUGCAUAUGCUAUUUACGACUUCCUUCCUUACAUCGACACGUUGCUCAGGGAUCUUGGAGUGAACCCUGACCGCAAAAAGUUCUCCUUGACCAGUCUGUUCACGCCAGCGUAUCCAAGCGAGUACAGGGGAAUAGCCAAUGAGUUUCGCAGGGCCAUGGCGAAAAAGCACAGGCUCACGAUGCCUGCAGCUGACGGCCCGUCGCCUGGAGCUAUCCCGGUGGGGACGCCAGAUUCGCGUACAAAGGCAGUCCAGGCUUCAGACGAAGUUGUUGACGAACAUGCCAAGGCAGCCGUUGCUGGGAACAGCAUCACAACCGGUAUUUCUUUAGAAAAGGGCCAUCUGUGGUCUAUUAAGUCGCUUGGGUUUGCCACCACGGGAAACGCUUGA